UAAAGAAUAUGAAUUUAACUCCUCGUUUCUUCCUCAGAAAAAGAUGCUGUACACUACACACCCUCACAUCUAGUGUCUCCCUGUUCCGUGGUUCAUCACGUGUUGUAUCACGUGGUAUGUCUACAAUAGAUCACUACAGAACACUUGGAGUCAACAAGGACGCAACGGCUGAGGAAAUCAAAGCUAAAUAUAUCAAACUUUCUAAGGAAUACCAUCCAGAUAGGAACAAAGAUAAGAAUGCGUCAGAGAAGUUCGCAGAGAUAUCUAAUGCUUAUAAAACCCUCACAAAUCUCACGAAGCGGAUAGAGUAUGACGAACAUUUUGAUCUCUCUAAAAAUCCUUAUAAAGACACUCCUGAGUUUUAUACAGGCGUCAAUCCUAAUUACCGGCCCGGAAGAACCAGACUAGAUUGGUACAAACAAAACCAUGACGACGACUACCUGAUAGAGAAAGCACAGGAAGCACAGAGCGCCACCUUUGAAGAUCAAUUCAGAGCUUUGCGCAAGAAAUUAGCGUUAAUAACUGUUGUUAAAUUAGGUGGUUUAGGGUGUAUAAUCGGGGUGUACUGUUAUACUGAUAACCUGUGGAUUCUUGGACUAGCUGUUGUUUAUCUUUCCAUGUUGAGAUGACCAUUGAUGAUCAGAGCCAUUCACGGUCCUCAUUUUGUGAUGAUAGAAGUUAAUUAAAUCUUAUUAAAACAGUUUCUGGAGUAUUUGCCUCCAUCGAGGUCUACUGUGUCAAAUGUAAAAUACUGAUAAUAUUCAAUUUAAGUUGAACUUUUCUA